AUUUAAUCACUCUGUGUUUGGAAUAUAACAUCUAUAAAUCUGUAGUGUAAAACUAUAUUCUAGUAGGUUUCGGCUUCAUUGUACUCCUUAUUUUGGAUUUCCCAUCUUGAAUCGCUCCAAAAUAAGCACAGAGGGGAACGAGAGGCCAGGAAAAUAAGGAAAUUCUUCCAUCCACAGGGGCAGAUCGACAUCUUCUUAUCAGGAUGGCCAGCCAGGAGGUGGGAGCUUUACUGGAAGAGUGCUUCACUGCAGCGGGUAAACUCCAGCCAUCCACCCAGCCCAAAGAGGAGGAGAGGAUGAAGUACUGCAGCUGCAGAGACUCCCUGUGUGAAGAACUGGCCUCUCUCCUGCAGGAGGCCAUAGAAAUGAAGUGGCCUUUUGUGCCGGAGAAGUGGCAGUAUAAGAAGUCUCUUCUUGCAAAUGACAAAACCAACCUGAGUGACCUCAUCAGCAAGCAUCUGCCUCAGCUAUUGGCUGUUCUGAAGACGUCUAUCAUGGCUCAUGAGGCAUGCACAGCACUGGCAGUCAUCUUUCUAGUCGACCGCUUUCUUUACUGGACAGACGAGUCGAGCCGGCUGCUCAAGAUCACCAGGCUUCUUCACAUACACUACCCUAACACCCCCAUGGCCCCCCAGCUCGUCAUACGACAGGCUAGAGUCUACCUUAACUCUGGCAAACUGCAGAAGGCAGAGUACAUACUGAGCCGACUCAUUAACAGCAGUGGAGAAACAGGUUGUUGGGUGUACCACUCUGAAAGUGAUCAGGCUUUGGUGCAGGCUGUGAGUGUUCAAGUGCGGGGAAUGAUUUUGCAAAAGCUUGGCCUGUGGUUGGAGGCAGCAGAGCUGAUCUGGGCCUCUCUUGUUGGCUACUACGCUCUUCCUCAACCUGAUAAAAAGGGCAUUGGAACUUCCCUGGGCUUACUGGCCAACAUACUGGUGUCAAUGAAUGAUGAAGACUUCCAUUCUUUUAAGACUAAUCCAGACAUUGAUUUGUCCUUACUUGGAGACAGGAGUCAUCGUCUUCUUUCUGCAGCCCAGGCAGCAAAGAUGGCGGUGGUUUACAGCCAGUACACUUCACUCUAUGUGUUGACAAAUGUGGCAACUCAGGGGACCUGCUUGUUAUCCUACAGUUUCUCUGUACACUGCCCUGCUGCUCAAAGGCAGUCCUACCUCCUGCAGGCCAAAGAGGCAUUUGAGAUCGGUCUUCUCACCAAAGCAGAGGGCGAGCUGGUCACCAGUAAGCAGGAGCUUCACACUUUCCUCAAAGCGGCCUAUUCCCUCACAGUGACUCACAAGUGGCUCAGCACUCCUCCAGAGGUUGUUGUAAAAGCAACGCAAGCUUGUCAGAAAGCUCUAGCUGCCUUCUACAACUACUGCCAGGCAGAGAAUCAAGAUAAAGACGGCCUCUGUGCUGACAUCAUGCAACUUGUUGCUCAAGUCAAGAUGCUCUUGGCAGUGAAGCCUUUCCAAAACUCAGACAAGAGGUCUUUUAUCCCUGACAGCUACAGAAACAUUGAAGAUACACUGGUAAAUUUUACCUUGGAAGGUUUCGCUACGGUUAUUCAGAGGUUUAAAAAGUACCACGCAUCACUUAGUGAGACAGUCGCCACCAACUGUAAAAGAAUGGGUGACAAGAACGAUGAGGCAAGGUUAUGUAUAACAGCAAUAGGAACAACCAUUGGUGCUCUCAACACAGACUGUAAUACUGAGGCCUGCAAAGAGUCUAAAGAUGCCCCCAAAGAAGUGGAACCACAACAGAGUGGUUCAAAUGCAUCCUUUGUGUACCCACCAACAAAGUCUGACCUGGGCACCACUCAAGAAAGCACAGAUGACCUCGGCUCUUCGUGGCAGAAAUUCUCCCUGAGUGGUUCAGGGUCACUAAGGCCGAGCAACAACUGCACAGGAGGAUCUGCAAUCAAACAUGGUGCAAAUGGGAUUAGUCAGAGCUGUCUGCCCACUGAGGUUGACGAUGACCACAACAACAAUAUGCAAGAAUCUGGUGAUAAAAAGGGGAAGCGAGACUUGCAGGGUUGUGAAUAUGGUAUCAGUUCCCAUGCAGUCCUAAUACCUUCCACUUCCUCAAAGAGUAGUAAAGAGUCAGAGAAGUUUGAAGUGAUACAAGCUGAUGCAGAGACCGAGGAUUGGAUGAGUGAUGUUGACGAUCCACUGAAACCAUCACUAGGUGAAGGAGCAGUUCAUUCUCUGUCCCAGCUCACUCUGAGAACAGCUUCCAGCUCCCUUGGAGACAGUUUCGGUUCCCAGUCAUCAUGGGAGAAAAUUUCCCUUGACCCCAACUCACCCGCAAGCAUAAAACCUCAGACAUAUAGCCUAUCAAAAGCUGGAACCGGCCAAGUCAGCAAGUCACCAGUGUCUGACUGGAGCAUCUUCCACUCAGGGUCAGGGGCCUCGUCCCAGCCAAGACCUCUGGAGAGCCAUAUUGUCGACCCAAAUAUGGACACUGAAGCUGGUCCUGAAGCCAGAGCCUCGUCCCAGCCAAGACCUUUGGAGAGCCAUGUUGUUGACCCAAAUAUGGGCACUGAUGCUGACACUAAAUCAAAACCUGCUGUCAUGAAUGGCCAAGCAGGUCGAAUCCCAGACCGUUCCCGGUUGGUUCCUGAACAGUGUGCAUCCACCGAAAAGUCCACUGAGAGUUCAUUUGAGAUGCUGGAUGAGUAUCAAAAUGGACACCAAAGCAGUGGCACCAUCACUGCAGAAAAUGUGAACCUUCAUCAGAGCGAGAACCUCCUGUGCUACAGCUGCCAGAAACAAAGCCAAAGAGUUGUCCCUAAGAGACAGUAUCUGUUGUCACAGCAGGACUACGUGGCCUUGCUGGCAGGAGUGUGCCAUGAAUGUCUGCUGAAGAGAUUACAAAGUGACAACACAAAAUUCAAACUUGAGGAGAAGGAGUACAAAACUGCCUACAGUGCUCUUCAUUUAAAGUUCUCCAGAGCCACAGGGCUGUGGACAGCGAGGGAGACCUGCAUCUACAUCGGUGAGUCAAUGAAGGAGGAGGGCAGCCAGAGAACAGCAAUAUGGGUCCAGUUUUUACACCAGGAGGAAAGGCUAAGCAGUUAUGUGGGGAAGGAUUACAAGUAUCCGAAGCAGAUCCAGUUUCACCUGAAAGAUGUGGAGCGACAGAUGACAGCCCAGUACUAUGUGACUGAAUUCAACAAGAGCCUUUAUGACAAAGAAGUCAUGGCCCAGAUUUUCUUCAUUCCCUCGGAAGCUCUGUUGAUUUUGAAUGGAAAUGAGAUCGUGGGCUGUGUCACAGUGGAGCCCUACAUGCUCGGAGACUUCGUCAAACUCACCAACAACACAAUAAAGAAGAACAAAGUUCCUGAAUAUUCCCAGGCUACUGAAUACGGCCUUGCCUUUGGACACUUCACCUACCUGUUCUCUGAUUGUAAGGAGGUUGUUGUAGACCUGCAAGGAUGGGUGACAGCAAAUGGCAAAGGGCUGACCUACCUCACUGACCCCCAGAUUCACUCCACAAAGGUCCCUAAAGGCCCUGGCAACUACUUUGCUGACAGAGGCCUCAAGUACUUCCUGGAAGACCAGCACGGACCAGACUGCAACGAAAUCUGUCAGCUGCUGGAACUCCCUCCGGUUGGCAAACAGCCCCGGGUUCUGCCUCAGAAGCUCUGACUCCUUU